GCGCGCUCGUGACGCUGAAGUCAACAGUAAACAUGUGGAUCGUGUCACGCGUGAUUCCCGUCCUGAAGCUUUAUUUCACCGGUCUGAAGGUUUUACUCUAUCAGUUGUGGAACACAAGGUUCCUUUUACCAGUUUUGGCCAAUCAGAACGGCAGGGUUGCUAUAGUGACGGGUGGUGCCAGAGGACUGGGCUAUGAGACGGUGAGACAGCUGGUGAAUCUGGGCAUGUUUGUCAUUAUAGCCUCACGUAAUGAAGAGGAAGCUCUGUGUGCUGUGAAGAAGAUUAGUGAGGAGAACUCUGAAGCUCAGGUGGACUUUGAGUUUCUGGACGUGUCAUGUUUGCGGUCAGUGAGAGAGUUUGUCCGGAGGUUUAAAGAUCGAGGUCGUCCACUGCACGUUCUCAUCAAUAAUGCCGGUGUGAUGCUGCUUCCUGAAGGCAGAACAGCGGAUGGAUUUGAGACGCAUUUUGCCACCAAUUACCUGGGUCACUUCCUGUUGACCCGCCUGCUGCUGGAAACCCUGGUGCAUUCUGGGAAAGAUGAGUCGUAUUCUAGAAUCCUCAACGUCUCUUCGUCUGCUCACCACGCUGCUGAUCUCCGUCUGCACGACCUUCAAAACGUACGGUGUCACAGCGCUCACGAGGCGUACAGCGGGAGUAAACUGGCUCAGGUCAUGUUCACAUAUCAUCUGUGUGAGGAGCUUGAGUCCAGCGGAGCGCCAGUGACGGUCAACGCUGUAGAUCCAGGUGUGGUGAACACAGGACUGUACUCUCAUCUCUGCUGUCUCACACGAUACGCACACAAACUCAUCGCACACUUCUUAUUUAAGACUCCAGCCGACGGGGCAGCGACGGCGGUUUAUUCAGCGCUCUCUCCUCAUCUGGAGCGAGUCAGUGGAUGUUAUCUGCAUGAAGGACGAUGUGUUGAAUCCUCAUCAAACUCGUAUGAUAAAGAUCUUCAGACACGACUCUGGCAGAACACAUGCGAUCUGUUGAACCUUCAACAUUCACUGGAGCUUCACGCUCACAUCACACCAGAACUGAAAUGACUCGUGAGUCAACUCCACUCCUUCUCUUUGUGUUGACAAUCUCUUGAUACCGAAGAACUGUGAUUGGCUGCGGUGUGAUGAUGGAAGCGCUUUUGUUUGAGAAGGGCUCAGAGCAUCACACAAACUGAGUGUGUUUGUGUGGUACUGUCUUCCAGAGAGUGUGUGACACACCUGUGACCUCGCUGUGCUGUAGUGACCUCUCAUCUGUUGUGUGUUUGUUUGAAUGUAGCUUGUGUUUUCACCACGACUCAUUGCUGUGAUCUCACUGUGACAUUACACAUGUGUUUGGGAAUGAAACGCUCACUCUGAUAAAAGGUUGUAAUGGUCAUAUCACUAGACCUUCAGUGAUUGCUUUAUAAGCUACACAACAUCAGUACAACACACAAUAACUGAUGACAUGUUUUGUGUUGCAGCAUUGAUGCAUUAAUAUACUGUGAAAUAUCAUGAUCAAACCCGCUCACGUUUACAAACUAAAACACUGUACUCCUGCUGACUCAUCACGGUAAGAUCUCAUUCAUAAAUGACAUGAAGAAACAAUGUAGUUCAGCAUUUAUUUAUCUUGUUUCAGAUGAAUCCAUGCCGCUGGUGUUUUCUUCAUUGUUAGUUGAUGUUUUUAGCUAAUGUUAACAGAAAAAUAUAUUUGUUCUAGUUUGUAGCAGAGCCAUUGAGAGAGCGAGUCGUUUUUUUCACAGCAAUGGCGGUUCAUGGAGGCUCACAAUAGUUCCUAAAUAUUUGGACUAAACAGACCAACUGAGGUAAACUUCUAACCCUUUUAAAGACCAAAGCCGUUUAAUGAAUAAAAAAAUGAAAAAAAUAAAGCAUUUAAAGAGAAAACAUUAGUUCCUGGAACUAUCUGAAGGCUCCAUCACGUGAUGUUCCAGCGUUUUGGACUUCCGUUGGCAGAACACUCUCUCUCAAUGGCUCUGGUUUAUAGGUUAUUUCUGUCAUCUCAGUCUCAAUCUAGACGUGAUGAUGUCCCUCUUGGUUCGUUCUGAAGCACUCAAUGAACAUACGCACAGAGAAACAAACGUUAAGGUUUGCGUCACAUGUAAUAUACCAAGCACAUCACUUUAUAGGACUUUAUCACACAUUAUCUGUGAUCUUCUGUGAAAAUGUACAUAUUCAUAAGUGUUCAUGUGUGAAAGUUUUUUUUGGGGAAACACAUCUUUGUGUGAAAUAUGAAAUGAGUGGGUCUGCAAUGUCCUUUAAAGAUUGUUCUUAAUGUUAUUGUAUGGUUGCAUAAACGAAGAUUAUAGCACUUCAGUAUCUUCACAACAGCGGGAAGAUUAAUGUCAGAUUUUUCACUGAAUAUGCAAAUAGCUCAUCUAUUGUACUGUUUAUUUGUUAAGUAAGGGAUAAUUCACUGUUAGCCGUGUGUUAUGUAAGUGAUAAUGUACAGGCAGCUGGUUGUUAUCACAGAAAUAAUCACCGUCAGUGUGAUCAGGACGUGAAGGUGAGGGUCUUGUCACACUGAAGGGGUUUAUUUGGUGAUAACAGCCGGCUGCUUGUACAUUAUCCCACUUAUUACACGGCUACUUGAAACAUGAGAAAUAAAACUGGACAUAAAAGGUGAAUUAAAAAAAUAGCAAUUUUUUACUGAGUACAGCAGUUUACUUUCGGUUUUAAGAUAAAAAACGCUGUUCAAACGUCACAAACAGACAAAUUGGUUUAUUCUUUUGUUAAUAUUAUAUGAAAUUAAUGUUUGUGUAAUAUUAAGCGGUCCCCUCAAAAUGAUUUGCAGCAUCCGGGUUACAGGGUGUUAUUAGUUUUAGGCAGUUGUUAUUUGAAAAUAACAACCCUUUGAAUGUCGGGACUGGCCUAUCAGAAUCAAGCAUUCAAAUGAGCCGUGUAAUAAAGGAUUUUAAUGCACGAUGUAGGAGCGUUUGCGGAGGGUGAUUGCCUCCGUGAAGGAGGGCUAGCCAUGGAUUAUCCUUCUUAUACCACGUUUAAAUACCCCCGCUUAUACCAAGUUAAAGCUUUUAUUGAUGUUUAUGGUGUCAUUUUCGAUCAAACAGGUGAAUAUGAGGUUAUUUUCUCUGUUAAUAUAAAAUGUAUUCAUGACUGGAGCUAUCUGUGUGUUAAAGGCUUUUAAUGCACACCUUCCAGCCAAUCAGAAUCCAGUAUUCAAACAGACCAUGGUAUAAAUAUAAAUAAUAGACAUUCUAUUAUAUGAUCAUUUCAUGUUUAAUGAAAACAGCACCUGCGGCAAAAUGUUGUCUUGAUUUUCUUAAAACAAACUUUUUCAAGAAAACCUGCCAUUAAGUGAUAAAAACAACACGACUCCAAGUCAUAAAACAACAGUGAUGUGUGGAAGUGGAAGAAAAAUGUUUAAUGAUGAUAUUCUCACGGUGUCAUGUCAAAUUAAAUGUGUAUCUUUAUGUCUGUCGUGUUGUAAAUGAAGAGCUUUGUGUCACUUUUAAAAGUUUAAAACAUCUUAAUAAUGUAAAAUAUGAGAGAUUUGUUAAAUGUUUAUGUGUGAUUAUGUGUUUACAUGCACUUUAGCAAAUGUUUAAAAAAGCUGAAAGCAGGUGAUGGUAAUGUGAUUUCAACUCUUAAGAAUUCAAGCACACUGAGAUGAGAAAGUUCAGUUGGUUUGAUUUUGGGGAGAAUGUGACGUGAUUUGCUUAAACUUGAACUGAGUUUUAAAGGUUGGUAAAUAGAUUUGACUGAAUGAUUUUUCUGUAUGAAAUAUAACUUGAAUUCCUUCUGCCAGCUGUGAUGAUAUGAUGCAUUUGUGGAAAUACUGGAAAUAUUCGACCAAAGUUAACAAUAUGACAUAAACAAAAUUCUUCUUUAAGCUAUGACCCGUAUGAGAAUUAUGCAUUAUGAAGUUUAUUCUAUUUAUCUCAUGUUGUCACUGUGUUAUUCUUUGUGUCAUUUAUAAGCCUCUGAUCACAUGCAAUAACAGCUCAACACUUCAACACUUUUUGUUUUUGUUUUUUAAAGCCUCAAUAUCCUUCCAGAAUGUGCCAUAAAAAACAUUUGCAAUAAUAAAAGCAGUCAUAUUUCUUUAAUACAAGA